CCUAUGCUCAGCUCUGGGAUGGCGCACGGCAGGACCGUGUCAAAAUCAACGCCACCUACAACCUGCACUCCACCAGCACCAUCUACAUCGCAAACCUCACAAGCGACGACUCAGGCAUGUACGAGUGCCGGGCCAGCAACGACCCCGACCGCAACCACUUGUCGAAGAGCCCCAAAGUCAAGUGGAUCCGUUCCCAGGCAAACGUUUUUGUCAUCGAACGUCCAGACAUCAAAACUUACAUAAACAGGGUUGCUGACAAGCUGAUCCUUACCUGUAACAUGACGGGGCCUUACCCUGCCAUCAAGGGCCACGAGUGGGUGCACAACGACAAGAUUCUGCAAACGGACACAGAGUCGACUCCUUUCACCAGUUACACAAUCGAGGGGAAGUUGGAGGAGCACUCCGGCAUCUAUGAGUGUGUCUACAAAACAAGCCCAGAUAUAACAGGACAAGUGAACAUUUCAGUUUCGCCCCAAGUGAUGGCCUACAAGAAAUCUGAGCAUGGGAAUGAGGGGGACACCGGCGUGCUGACCUGCAAGAAUCCCUCCUUCCCCCCUGUCAGCUUUUGGGCCUGGUACAGAAAUGGUCAUGAGCUCAUCGUCAAUGGUUCUGGUCGAUACAUCAUCAAGUCCAGUGGCAACAAGACAGAGUUACGCAUCCUUAAGCUGAACAUUGAGGAGGAUACAGGCGACUACCACUGCAACGCCACCAACAGCUACGGCUCCGGUAGUGCUGUCGUCAACCUGCGCGUGCGCAGCCGCCUGGCAGCACUCUGGCCCUUCCUGGGGAUUGUGGCAGAAGUCCUCGUUCUUGUCACCAUCAUCUUCAUCUAUGAGAAGAGGAGGAAGCCAGAUGAGGUUCUUGACGAUGAUGAUGGAGGUUCUGCACCACUGAAGAGCAACGCCACAAACCACAAGGACAAGAACGUCCGCCAGAGAAACGCGAACUGAGAGCAGGGCCAGGUGACACGUAGAUGAGGAAUUCAUCCGGACAAUUUUGUUUUCUUCUAAUUUUUUUGGUAAAAUAGCACCAUGAAAUAUUCUAGUGCAUCCUUGCGAUUCAGUUAAUUCACUUUCUAAGGAAACUUUUAUGUUGUAGAAUCUAAAAUACACUUUUUUUUUUUUAAAAAAAAAGAGUUGUGGGAGGGUUUUUCUACCUGUAAAUGUAAAUCCCUUGUUUCUGAUAGUUUAGGUCCCAGGCUGUCUCUAUUGGAGGUUUCUUUGUGUUGGUGCGGAGGGGCUGGGUGGGAGCACAGCUGGGAUCUUCCUCGCCUCUGGGAGAGCAGGGUCUGUUGGGGAGGGCCGUUCUGAAAUGCCUCCUUGCCCCCCCCUCGGGGUCUGGGGCCCUUCAGGGAGCUGUGGGUGAGACCCGAACUCGCGUGGUGUGGGCAGUGCCCCCGGCAGGGCUCUUGCCCUGCCCUGAUGCAUGGGCCUGGGGGAAGCUGCUUUGGUGACCGCCUGGAGCUGACCCGGCCUGACCCCCAGCUUGGGGAGGUAGUUCUGUGUCUGGCAGGGGAGCGGCAGGGCCCCUGCGAGCCACGGGGCCGGGGCCACCAGGCAUGUGUGGCUCUUGGCGAGGACGGUCUGGGCCCGUGCCACCACCCCGACACCUCAGCAGAUCCCCCUGGGCUCCUCCAGAACUGCUGCGGGUUACUGGGACAGCCAGGAGCCCCCCUUAGAGCUCAACACUGGAUGAACAUUUCACUGUUAACUUAUUUCAGGGGGUGCUGGUGUGUCCCCAGUAGCUGCAGCGGGGCAGGGCGCGGGGCUGGGGCGGUUUAACGGCGUGUUUGUGUGUUCUUGUGCUUGCACCAUCUCGAUGUUUGCGUGACAGGAGCCUGAGAGCAGGCGGACGCUCAGUGCAGUCUAAUACCUUUAUUGCUGGGUAGCUUUGAACUGUUCCAUCUGUUAACACACUUCACAAAUAAAGAUGAUUCCUUUUUU